UCUUAUACAUAUGUAGCAGCCAUAGGUAGUGGGCUAGAACUUGAAAGAAAGCCCAAAAAAGCUGUAGGCAUAUAGAAAGUGAAGGUUUGUGGGGGUGAUGGAGCUGUGGAAAGGGUUGUUUUGGGUUGUGGUUUUGAUGGUAUUAGGGAGGGGACAAUCCCAAUUAGUAGAGGAUUUCUAUAGUUCUAGCUGUCCUAACGUUGAAGCGAUCGUACGGCAGACGGUCGAGACGAAGGUGGGCCAGACAUUCGUGACUAUUCCAGCUACUCUACGGCUCUUCUUUCACGAUUGCUUCGUAGAGGGUUGCGAUGCAUCGGUCAUGAUCGCAUCACCAAAUGGGGACGCGGAAAAGGACGCACAGGAUAAUCUUUCGCUCGCCGGAGAUGGAUUCGACACUGUCAUCAAGGCCAAACAAGCCAUUGAAGCUCAAUGCCCCGGCGUGGUCUCUUGCGCCGACAUUUUGGCUAUAGCAACUAGAGAUGUUGUUGAUCUGUCAGGAGGUCCAUCAUACAGCGUCGAACUAGGCCGUCGCGAUGGUCUCAUUUCUCAGGCGUCUCGAGUCGCCGGAAAACUUCCUGAACCCACCGCCGGCCUCGACCUCCUCAACUCCAUCUUCAAAAAGAAUAACCUCACUCAAACAGACAUGAUCACCCUCUCGGCGGCCCACACUGUCGGAUUCUCGCACUGCAACCGCUUCGCUGAUCGCCUCUACAACUUCAGCUCAUCAUCCACAGUUGAUCCUUCCCUGGACCCCACAUAUGCCCAACAACUAAAGGCAGCAUGUCCACAAAAUGUGGACCCCAGUGUCGCCAUUGACAUGGACCCCAUCACUCCAAAGACCUUCGACAACGUCUAUUACCAGAAUUUGAUCGACGGGAAAGGCUUGUUUACGUCCGAUCAGGUCCUCUAUACGGACCCCACAUCGCGGCCUACUGUCACUAACUUCGCAUCGAAUGCUGGGAAUUUUGCCCAGGCCUUUGUAACAUCCAUGACGAAGCUCGGUAGAGUGGGGGUGAAGACAGGUAAUCAAGGAGAGAUUAGGAGGGAUUGCUCAGCCUUCAAUUCAUAAGAUUGUAGCAGAACACGUUUGGAGGUUAGAAUGGAAACAAUCUCUCUCUGGCCAAACAUGAAUAAACAGCUUGCUGAUCUUUGAUGAAGACAUGAAUAAGUUGAAAAUGAGUCGACUGACGUUUUUGUUCAAACAUUUUUCAAAUCUUUAUUUGGUUGUAUACAGAAGUUGUGAUGUUGCAUGAUUCAA